AUGCAACAUAUUUGCAACCAACUGCUCAUCUUAGGAUUAUUCAUUAAUAAUGAAUUUGUGCCAGCUAAAUCAGGCGCAACAAUUGAGCCGACCAACCCGUAUGAUGAGUCUGCCAUUGUCGGUGUAGCAGCAGCUGGGCCCGAGGACGUGGAUGCGGCCGUGCAAGCCGCUCGACGGGCAUUGAAAGCCAAUAGCUGGCGCCGCAUCUCUGGCGCGGAUCGUGGUGCCUUGCUUUGGAAGCUGAGUGAGUUGUGCCAAAGAGACAGCCACAUCCUUGCCACAAUUGAUGCUUGGGACAAUGGCAAGACUUACCAGGCCGCCAUAACCGAGGACGGCCCGGAGGUGGUCAGUGUGUUUCGCUAUUACGCUGGCUGGGCUGACAAGAUAUUUGGUCGAACAAUCGAAACCAACAAGGACAAGCUCGCCUAUACCAAGCAUGAGCCUAUAGCUAAAGCAAUGCCAAUUAUUGAUUGUUCACAGCAACACUGA